AUGUCUACAACGUCGGAUUCCGAAGCCACUGUAGUGGAAGAGUGUCGUGGAGUUCUUCACGUUUACAGCGACGGUUCCAUAGUACGCUCUUCGCGCUCAAGUUUUAACGUCCCUGUAAACGACGACGGCACCGUUUUGUGGAAAGACGUAGUUUUCGACCCUUCCCAUCAUCUUCAGCUUCGCCUCUACAAGCCAGCCGACUCAGCCGGCUCCAGGCUUCCCGUCUUUUACUUCUUCCACGGCGGCGGCUUCUGCAUCGGCUCCCGCACUUGGCCCAACUGGCAUAACUACUGUUUCCGGCUCGCUUCCCAGCUUCGAGCCGUCGUCGUUGCGCCGGACUACCGGCUCGCUCCCGAGAACCGGCUCCCCGAUGCAAUUGAGGACGGCUUCACGGCUGUUAAGUGGCUCCAGGCUCAAGCCGUGGGUAACGAGCCGGAUCCUUGGUUGAGCCACGUGGCUGAUUUCAGCCGCGUGUUUAUUUCGGGUGACUCAGCUGGAGGGAACAUGGCACACCAUUUGGCGGCUCGGCUAGGGUUUGGGUCGCCGGAGCUUGCGCCGGUUCGGGUCAGGGGUUAUAUUCUAUUAGGCCCCUUCUUUUGUGGGACUAUCCGAACCAUAUCAGAGGCUGAAGGACCGAAAGAUGCUUUUCUCAAUUUAGAACUUAUUGAUAGGUAUUGGAGGCUUUGCUUACCUGUUGGGGAAACUACUGAUAACCCUCUUGUGAAUCCAUUUGGGCCACAGAGCAAGAGCCUUAAAGGAGCUAAAAUAGAGCCAAUUCUUGUGGUGGCUGCUGGAAGUGAUUUGCUUAAAGACAGGACAGAGGAUUAUGCCAGGAGGCUCAAGGAGUGGGGUAAAGAUGUUGAGUAUGCAGAGUUUGAAGGACAGCAACAUGGUUUCUUCUCUAAUGAUCCCAACUCUGAAGCAUCAAACAAGUUGAUGCUGCUCCUCAAACAAUUCAUACACAACCAUAUCCCCAAAGAUUGA